AUCUGAAGAGGCACAUUUUAGCUCAGACACCACGCUGGGCAGCAGGGCCAGCGCGAGGGUAACACGUCCAGGAAAAUUCAGUAGUAGAUGCCCUGCCACAGAGGAGGGUGGCAGAAAAUCAUUUGCCACUUCAACUGGAUUCCUUUGAAAGAUGAGAGGGAAGAGUAAGAGAACACGCAUGUUGAGAGAAAUCCUCCAUGGAGCUUGAUGGGACUUCAAUGAGUUGCUGUCAAAGGAGUCUGUCUGCCACCUCGUUUUGAAACGACUUGUGACUUUACUGGAAAAACUUUAAUGGAAGACGUCGGAUGUCCUUGAAACACUUUUAUAAGGAGUGAGAAGAGAGUGCAGACUUAUUUGAUUGGUUUAUUUUGAGGGGGUAGAGGAGAAGUUGAAGGUUUGCUUUAGAGGUUUAUGCUGAGGCCCCCUGUUUCUGGAUUGAAACUAAGGGGCGUUGAGGGUUGCUGAAGAAACCAUGGAUGAAGCUACAGAGCGGGGUCAGGAGGCAGCAAUGAACGAGGCUCUCGUUCACUUCGAGGCCACGCUGGAAGCCGCUGUAAGGGAGGUGCACGUGGACGUUAGUGCUUUCAAGCAGCGCAUUGAACAGAGGAUUGAGGAAAUGUGCAUUUCCAAUGGACCUUUGGCUGAGGCGGUUACCAGACUCCAGGAGGAGAACCUGCAGCUCAGGGCAAAGUUGGAGGCCCUCAGCCACCUGGUGGAGGGUCUCUCGGGGGUGAAGAGCAAGGGGCAAAGAUUAGAGAACGGCCAUGUACAGAUUCAAUCCAAGAGCCAGGAGGAGCAGAAGGGUCUGUUUAACUCUGAAGACAACCAACCGGGUCAGUCCGCGUCCUACGAAGCUUCUGGGUUCAGUGGAGGAUCGAGCCAAGCUGCUACCCCAGCCCCUCCUCCGUGGAGAGCAAAGAGAAAUGCUGAGAUUAAUGGAACUGAAGCAAGAGGGGAGAAGAAUAUCGCUCAUGUAGCCACCACCGCGCAAGAGAAACAGGAAGACCCUGAUGUAACCCAGACUGCAGAAGCUGCUCCUCAGUCCCACCGACCUCUGACUGCCAUCACCAAACCGACCUCAGAGUCUUCAUCUGUGGAAACGCCCAGCAGGCCCGAUGCUGAUGAACCCCAGCCUCAUCUUCCCGUGACGGCCAUGACAACUAGAGCCAGUUCAGAGGCAGCUAAACCCGCUCAGUCUGCAGCACCUAAAGCAGCAGGGGAAGCCGGAGAAUAUCCUUUUAUAAGAGGUGGAGCGAAGGAACAAAGGCCCCAGGCAUCCCAGGAUCAGUCAGCCUCUGUGUCUCAGGCUCUCCCCCAUCUUCCUCUUACAGCGUUAACCAAAAGCAGCUCUGACACUCCUGCUUCAUCUAAAUCUGAUCCCAGUGCGGUUUCAGCCCCGAACCCUUCGAUGCCAGACUCGCCAACGAUAAAGCGCGGUGAAUAUCCAUUUAGACGUGACACCAGUGAAGCCAAGCCCCACUCACCUCUCUCUGCCAUGACCAGACCCAACACGGAGUCUUCUUCGUCUGCUUUAACGGUUCAGUCUUCAAGCCUUUCAGCUUCACAGGACGCUGCAGUGAAACCUGGAGAGUAUCCCUUUAAACGUGUGCCAGUACUUAAGACACCCAGCCCCAGUUUAAAGAGAAGUGUGAGCUUCCCUCAGUCUGCAGAAAAAUUACUUCCCUCCAAAUCAAUCAUAAAAUCUGGCUUCUCACCUAAUUUGGAGAAGAGAGCGAACAAGCCAGCGGGGGGCGACUUUAAGCAAGACGUGAUGAAGUCCCAAACGCUUCCACGCUCCAAUGGCGCUCAAGCCAAGCGAGCCUUGUUUGAAAGGAUGAACUCAGAGCCUAUAAAGCCAAAAGACUCGAAGCCUAAACUGAAGCGGUCUCAGAGCUUUGGCGUGUCCAGUGCGAGUGGUAUAAAACAGAUCCUCUUGGAGUGGUGUCGCUCCAAAACCAUUGGCUAUCAGAACAUAGACAUUCAGAACUUCUCGUCCAGCUGGAGCGAUGGGAUGGCCUUCUGCGCCCUGGUCCACUCCUUCUUCCCUCUGGAGUUUGACUACAACUCUCUGGAGCCUUCAAACCGCAAACACAACUUAGAGCUGGCCUUCACCACCGCAGAAGAGCAGGCUGACUGUCUGCGUUUGAUUGAGGUGGACGACAUGCUGGAGAUGGGGGACAAGCCAGACCCCAUGUGUGUGUUUACAUACGUCCAGUCUCUCUACAACCACCUGAAGAAGUUUGAAUAACUCUUGAAUCAGAGCACGUCCCAAAGCCUACGCGGCGCUGACCACGGUGUGCUGUGAACACUUUGAGCCUAAAGUGAAGCAAGCUAACAGGAAGUCUCAGUUGUCUGUGGCCAAUCACAAAUAUGUUCAUCAGUUUUAUAUUGUGUGUACCUGUGCUCACCUGCUUCCCACAGUUUCUUCAGCAUUUAUAGUGGAUUUCUUAAAAUGUCAUUUCCUGUGGCUGUUUCACAUCAAAUAAGGACACAAACAUCACAUGUAAUAAAAGGAAGCGUUGUCUGCAAA